AUGGCAGCGCAGGUGCGCCCACAUUCUCUGCGACUUUGUGCUGUCGGGCCAGGCACGGUGGGACAACGACAGCGACCUAGUGGCCGUCAUGGAAUCUCAGUCAAGCAGUCAACUUACUCUUUUCCCUGGCCCUGGACCCCCUUUCCUGCCGCACAUAUAGGACUCCUGCAGGCCUGCUCAGAGAUGUUCUAUGAGUUUGUAUGUUUACAGCGGAGGAAACAGCAAGGCCCGAAGACAUCUCUUGAGCAGCAGACGGCUUUUUGGGAGGUGAGCUCGGCUGCGCAGCGUGCGUGCAGGGAAUGCCUGCAGUCGGAUCCGGCUCGGCGACCGUCUUCUCAACAGAUGCUGGCACACAAGUGGUUUGCGACAGUCCCUCGACUUGCCCUCGGAAUGUCGGGCGGCAUGGACAGCGGCCGUUCAGGUUUCUUGGCCAUGGCAAGAUCACCGCCGCGCAUUGCAGCUGCCCAGGUGAUUGAUGCCUUGCGCAACUUUGCCUUCCCAGGCAAAGGCAAGCUCGUGGACAUCUUGGCGCAGGAUGUGCAGCUUUGCGCACGCUUCAACGGUGGAGCGAACGAUGCCGCGCGCUGUGAUCGGCACCGGCAAGACAGAAGUACUUGGAGUACUCUUGCCCCGUCGUCUCCGCUAGAAACUUUGGCAUCCGGAGCCUCAUCUUUGCAUAGCCGCACUGUUUCACUGCGCCCCAUGCUGUUGCUGGUGGCUGCUUCUCCUGAAGCACUUCUCCAACCUUCCUCGAAGCUUGCCCAGCUCGUGGGCGUCCUCAACCUGUCAAAAGCUUUAACAUCUCCUGCCCGGCGCCGGUCUUGCCCGUCCAUGGCGCUGUCGAAGACCUCCUUGUUUCGAAAUCCGAAAAACAUUGGGCAGGCAAGUGCUGAGAAUUCCUGGAGGAAGAUGCGCAGCACCGCUUUCUCAGAGAUCGUGGCGACAUGUGUGGUGGUCCACGUCCCCACUCUCAUGAAAGAGUUGCAGGAGCUGAAGGAGUUUGACCCUCGAGCGCUGGAGCGGGUGUUCAUUUCCACCCGUGCCCAUAUCCUCUUCGACAGCCAUCAGGAGCGGAAAGAAGCAUUCGCCAGUAGCUAG